UGUAUGUGAGAGUCUAAAAUCACUCCGCCAGGCAACACUGACCAGGUAUGGCUACAUUGCCAGAUCCUGCUCCUGCCAAACAAAUAGAAGAACUUCUGUCGUGCUGUAUUUGUAAGGGAACUUUGGAUAAACCAAAGUCGCUUCCCUGCUUUCAUUCGUUUUGUAGGAAAUGUCUCGCGAAAUAUAUUGAAGUUCAACGCGAAAAAGCCCAAAAGGAACGAAGGGUGCAGCAUUCGUUCGACUGUCCUACGUGCAGAACAAAAUUUCAACUCAGGCAAGGCGAUAGCGUGGAACGAAUUCCGCCAAAUUAUUUCAUCAACAACUUGUUAGAAAUACUGCCAGUCAUACAACAACAAACACGAAAGAUUCAUUGUGAAUCUUGCAAAGUAGCCGAAGCAUCAGUCACACACAGAUGUAUUGAAUGCGAACGUUAUCUCUGCAAGAACUGCUUGACAACGCACAACAACUGGCCAGAUUUCAAACAACAUGACGUGAUGACCUUGGCAGAAUUAUCAAAACCUGAGAAUCAAGGCAAAGCAAGAGGAAAGCCACGUUGUGAGAAGGAAGGACACGGAAAUAAACCUCUCGUGUUUUAUUGCAAUACCUGCCAGGAACUGGCUUGUAUUAAUUGCGUUGUCUUAAACCAUUCCAAAGCUAACCACGACUAUCAUCCUAUCGAGACAGUGGCUAAGCACCACAAGAAAGCUUUGGAAAUAACUUCCGCUAACUUACAGAGAGUGUCUAACGAAGUUAAAGCAGCCUUACAGAAAAUAAAGCAGGCCACUAAAAAUCUACAAGUCAACACCAAAAGAGCUAAAGAUACAAUUCUGCAACAAGAAAAGGUUAUCUUGGAAGAGUUAACCCAAAAAGUCAAACACAACACAGAAAUCUUGCUUGGGGAAGUCGACAGAGCGAACAACAUAGUGAAUCAACAACUGGGACAACAACGUAACGAGAUGAAAAACUAUCUUGAGAAGGUGAACGGUUCACUCGAUUUUGCAAAGAAUAUUAUCGAAAAAGCCAGCAAUGAUGAAAUCGUCCUGCUUAGCCCAGAAAUCCAGAUUAACGCCAAAGACAUCAAGAAAGAAGGUCCAGAGAUGAUGGAACCAAUUCAUGAUGGGAGCAUGAAAUACCAAGCAAAAUCAUCCGAAACUAUUGUUGGUAAAAUGAAACUUGACAAACUAGGAAAUUUUGCCUGUGGUCCUUUAAGAAGGAAUAUUGCCCUUGAUAUAGUAGCAAGAUCAACCAUCUUAGAGCGAAACAUUGAACAUGCGAAGCAACUUGUAGAGUGGAUGGAAGACAAGAAGUUUAAUUGGCAACUUUGUUAUCGAGCUUCACGUGAUGGUUGGGGGGCAGAUGAUUUUCAUAGAAAGUGUGACGAUGUUGGACCUACGGUGACUUUGGUGAAAUAUGGAACCAACAUCUUUGGUGGUUUUACUGAUCAAAGUUGGAAACAGACAACGCAUUCAGCUUACGGGGAGUAUAAGCAUUCCUACUCGUCAUUUCUGUUUUCUUUGAAAAAUAAAGAGAAUAUGCGGCCAUUCAAGUGUCCGAUCAAGGAUGGUGAAAAUGACAGAGCAAUCAGCUGUCAUCGUGACUGGGGAGCAGUCUUUGGUGGUGGUAAUGAUCUGUUUAUCAGCACGCAUGCCAAUAUAUGCCAAUCUUCAUACAGCAAACUUGGUGACACAUAUCAACCUCCUCCAGGGUAUAAACCUGGAGCCCCAGAAACCAGAGCUCUGUUGGCUGGCAGCUGCAAACUCACCCCAUCAGAAAUUGAAGUUUUUCACAGUUAAACGACAUUAUUA